AUGACAGCCCCGCUCUCACUGGAGACUGAGCAGCCGGCGUCGCUGUUGAAGACGCCCUCCGCAUCUCUGUUGAGUAUCGACGAGAUCGCCGACGACAUCAGACCACCGCAGACGCGCAAGCUCUUUGAGCAGCAUUUACAACCCCUCGACCCCCUCGAGCAACGAGCCCCGCCAGCGAGCGAUGCCGACCUCGGCCAGAUCUUUGCCCUGCUCCCAAUUCCUACAUUGGUGCUGGAUGCUAGUCUCCGCAUUAUCCAACUGUCAGAAGGAUAUGUGAUAUUCUCUGGUCUAUCCCGUGAGGAAUGUCUAGGACGCAGUGUCUUUGAUUUCCCCGCUCACAAGGUUCCUGCGCCAGACACAACCACGCUACAUCUAGCCAUCACAAAUGCAGUGUCCACUGGUGCACCCCAGACCCUUGACGAUGUCGAAGUUGCCACAGAUACUGCUGUGUCUAUUUACAAUAUACGAAUUACCCCCGUCUUCAAAGCUGGAAAGCUUCGUAAUGUCUUGAUUGCCGCUCACGACGUAAGAAAAGAUCACCUUGUACGAAAAAGCAAGGAGGAGAUGGUUUACAGAAAUGAGACGUAUCGGAUUCUCGUCGAUACAGUGAAGGACUAUGCUAUUUUCAUGCUGGAUACGUCUGGUUAUGUUGCCACCUGGAAUUCGGGUGCUGCCAUCCUGAAAGGAUACAGCUCCGACGAGAUCAUCGGCCGACAUUUCUCGACUUUUUAUGGUGCAGAUGACCGUGCGGUGGAUAAGCCCGGAAAAGAGCUAGAGGUUUGUUUAAGGGAAGGAAAAGUAGAAGAUGAAGGCUGGCGUUUCCGCAAAGAUGGAACUCGUUUUUGGGCCAAUGUUAUGAUCACCCCUGUCUACACAGCCGGUCGACAUAUCGGCUUCGCCAAAGUUACCAGAGACCUAACUGAGAGAAAGGCAGCUGAGAGUCGGCUGAUUGCUGCCUUUGAAGAGUCUUCAAAACUCAAGUCGGAUUUCCUGGCGAAUAUGAGUCACGAAAUUCGUACCCCGAUGCACGGAAUGCUUAUGGCUAUUCAAAUAUUGAGCGAAACCAAGGUCACUGAAAAGCAACAAGAAUAUAUAUCGAUUAUUGAAGAUACAGGGUCAAUCUUGUUGCGGAUCAUCAACGAUGUACUCGACUAUUCUAAAUUGUCAUCUGGUACUUUCUCUAUUACACCGGGCGUGGUUGACAUCAGAGAUGUUGUAAACGCAGUCUACCGGAAUUGUCAAUCAUCCUUGAAACCCGAUGUAGAGCUUCAAGUCCAAUUUCCGGAAAAUUUGCCACAACAUGUCAAGGGAGAUCCGCUUCGAUACCGGCAGAUAGUCCAGAACCUUGUCGGGAAUGCUGUCAAAUUCACGGACCACGGUUCCGUUCAAGCUGAAGUCACAUUCCAAGAACACCCAGACGACCCAUUUGCGUACGAAAUUACAACAACAGUCACUGACACUGGAAUCGGCGUCUUGGAAGAUGCGGCGAGUUCGCUUUUCACCCCAUUUUCUCGAUUUGCCGAUAGCAGUCGCAAAAGGUAUCAAGGCACUGGAUUAGGAUUAUCCAUCUGCAAGAGCUUAGCCGAACUUAUGGACGGUCAUGUAGGAUACUGUUCAAACCCUACGGGUCAGGGUAGCGUUUUCUGGUCAUCAGUGAGAAUGGGCAAGAUCGACAACACACCGUCUGGAUCCCGCGUACGAGAACCUGUUAGAGGGCCGAUCCUGAAUGCUAGUAUCCAGGAAAUAGCACCUCGGAAGCAAAUUCUCCUAGUUGAAGAUAACAUCAUGAACCAGACCAUCAUGUUGAAAAUGCUCAAUAUGAUCGGGUUUGAAAAGGUAGACACGGCCUGGGAUGGUGCCGAAGCAGUGCGGAAGGUCAAACAAAAACCGCUUUCGUAUAAUGCAAUCUUAAUGGAUAUCAACAUGCCCGUCAUGGACGGGAUGGAAGCCACAGCGGCCAUCCGGGCAAUGAGUCGUGAUGUACCCAUCAUUGCCAUGACUGGAAAUGCCUUGAAGGGAGAUGCUGAGACAUACCUUGCCAAAGGCAUGAACGACUAUGUUUCCAAGCCGGUUCACCGACAGCACUUGGUCUCAAUUCUGUUGAAAUGGAUUGGACCGUGA